AUGAAUCAGAUGCAACAACUAAAACAAAUUCUUUAUACUGAGGAAAAGAAGUUAAAAUCUCUACAAAAACAGGCAGAAUAUAAACAUAACAGUGGUAUUUCACCUAACCUUCAAAUUUCACUUCUAAUAGUACUGGAAAGAAAUUUAAAGGUUAAAGUGAAGUAUCCUAAAAAUAAACUUCUACAAGAACAACAACUUUUUGUUAAAUAUGAUAAGCCUGAAUUGAAUUUGGGACUGCAGAAAAUAAAGGUAGUAAAAAUCAGAACUGUCAACCAUCUUGUGAAUAAUGUUAGAAAUAUACAUGAUGAAUAUGUUGGCAGAUUUACAAUAAACAAUUAUCUACAACCUUCUCAUUCAAACUCAAUUGUGGCCAAGACCUACUGUUAUCCUGCCAAUAUCAUGGUCUUAUCAGAUGAUAAGGCCAAGGUUUCUCUUGGCAUUACAGCAAUCAGAAAAAACUUAGAGUUUUACAAACAAUUAGUAAGCCAUCCUAAUGAUACAAAUGUUAUACUUCACAAUAGCCAACUUUCAAUUUUCAUUCAUCCUCAAUAUGGAGUUGGCACAAGUUCUGCAACUCAUAUGCAAGAUUUAGAUUUAUUAGAAAAGACAGCCAUCUGGAUGAACAUUGUCAAAUAUGCAACAAUGUUUCAAGCAUUUGACCUGGACUACCUAACCAUUCAAACACAAUCUUCAGAUCAAUCCAAAUACAAUCUGGUGAAAUGGGAUAUAGUAUCCCUUUCUCAAAAGCUUACAGGCAUCAUCCUAUCAGUUAAUAUCUAUGAUCCAUUAUUUGGAAAGUUAAUCAUAGUAGAGUAUAUUAAAAGAAAUAACUUCCCAUUUUCCAUCAAGUUUCCAAGAUCUGAAGAUGAAAAUAACAUGUCUUGGAAGUGGUUAGAAACUCAUGCAAGGAUAUGUAACUAUUUCUUGGAUAUAAAAAAAUGUGAAAAUAUUUUGUGUUACUUACCAAAGCAAUGUAAAGAGAUUGCUAGUCUUCUUAUGAAGAAUGAUGGAUUUCUCCCUCCAGUAAUGAUGGGUAAAGAUGGGUACUAUGUCAAUCUUAUACAUUUGUUAGAAUUUUUCAAUAAAGAUAAGAUACCAGAAUAUGAUGCUUAUUGUCUUUCAAUUGGCAAGGCCAAUUAUGCUUAA